CCAAACGCAGCAUCCACACAAACCUGCUGUCGGGACAGGACACCCUGAAAGCAACAAGCUUGACUGGACAAAACGCUCACUACUGCAGUGCCGUACACUCUCGUUUGACGGGAAUAGCAUCGAUACGAGGUGUAUUUGUCCUCACUAAACGUCGGUCUGAAUCUAACGGGAGGAAGGAAGAUGUCGGCGGUUUAUAAAGAUGAACAGGAGGACUGGAUGACGGUGUGUCUCAAGUACCUGCUCUUUGUUUUCAACUUUCUCUUCUGGGUGGGUGGAGCAGCUGUUUUGGCCGUAGGAGUCUGGACACUGGUGGAGAAGAGUGACUACUUGAGCCUGCUGGCAUCCAGCACUUUUGCUGUCUCUGCGUAUAUCCUCAUCCUGGCUGGCAGCCUGGUUGUGGUUACGGGCUUCUUGGGCUGCUGCGCUGUCAUCCGGGAGCAGAAAAACUGUCUGUCCAUGUAUUUUUUCUGCCUGCUGUUGAUCUUCUUGAUUGAACUGGUGGCUGGAGUACUGGCUUAUGUCUAUUACCAGAGGCUGAGUGAGGAGCUGAAACAGCAUCUCAACCAGACUAUGACGGAGAACUAUGCCCAGCCAGGGAAGGAGGCCAUCACAUUAGCUGUGGACAGACUACAGCAGGAUUUCAAGUGCUGUGGCAGCAACAACUCCCAUGACUGGAUGUUGAGUGUGUACAUUUCAUCAAAGCCGGCAGAAGGCAGGGUGGUGCCUGACAGCUGCUGUAAAACCAUCACUCCUCACUGUGGGAUAAGAGAUCAUCCCUCCAACAUUUACAAGGUUGAGGGUGGUUGCAUUACGAAGCUGGAGCAGUUUCUGGCAGACCACCUGUUAGUCAUUGGUGCUGUGGGAAUAGGAGUGGCUUGUCUGCAGCUGGCCGGGGCAGUCUUGACAGCCUGCUUUAUCUAUCUGCUCUAUAAAGAAGAAGAGGACUUCGGUGCAUUGUGAUUUAGCUCUAGAGCAGCUUUGUGGUUUAAUCAACUGGAGAGACAAGAUCUGCGGGAUGGUGUUCACCAGCUGCUUGUACAGAAGGAUCAGGAUGGAACCUUACUGAGCACGCCCGGUCCCCAACACCCCACCUUCAACAGGCAGAUGGAACAGUGACCUUCUGACACCUAAACUUCGACCUCUGAAUCUUGAACUUUUACCUUGUGAUCUAAGCCAAGACACUUGCAGUCAGAAACAAAUUGUGCCAUUGACCAACCGGGCUGAUUUUUGGUUCCUCUUCUACAGUAUUGCAUUUACAUUACAAUAUACUUCAAUUCAAGCUUUUACAUUUCUGAUCUUUGACUGUGAUCUACUGGAACACAAUGCCAGUAUGCAUUUGUCUGUUUGCCUUGGCUUAGAUGCAUGCUUUAGUUUGAGCAGGACAAAAGAAAGGGGCAUACAUACUCAGAAUGAUCCUGCUCUGUUCAACUAAUGAUUAUCCAAAUUGAUCUGUCUUGUUCACUGUGCAGAGAUUUAUAUGUUAGUGUUUUUUGGCUAUUCCAGUACUUGAAUAAGCUGAGCAAGGGCAUGGUGUACACAUGGUGUUGUCACUGUUAAUGAAGAAAGGUAAUUUAUUGUUGUAUCUUUUGUGAACACAAUGUGCCUCUUUCACAAUUCUGCUGACUAAAUGAUUUUCAAUUAUGUGCCUGAAAUCUUUAAAAGGGAGCUGACAAUGCACUGUGACAAACGGCAGCAAAUUAAAUCUAGUUUACUAUAUUUA